AUGACACCCAGCAUUCCGACCUUUUUCCAUACCUUGGUGACAUUGAAUAAUCUGAAAGUGUCUGCCCUGCCAGUGGGCAGGCAGGAUGAGGAAUGGCUGGAGGAGGUCCUUGUCCACUUGGACCCCAUCCGAGAACCUGGCGGCUUCCCUGGCAUCUCAGAUGACACGCGGGCAUACUCCCUGCUGGCCGAUGAGCUGGGGGCCCCAGUGGGUCUGGGGGCCGACUCCAGGGGGCUGGCCCUGAGAAGAAGCCCAUGCAACCCCUCACCCAUCCCGCCGGCCUGCGCCGUCCACCCCUACAUCUGGCCGUGCAUCUUGUCCAUCUGGCGCUUUGUGCAUAGGCUGGAGGCGGCCAGUGGGAGGGAGCGGGGCCAGGAGACGGUGCGGGAGCCUGGGGCGCUAGGCAGGGAGGACACGCAGAUUGUGGCCGAGCUGGGGCUGGUCGGCAACCCUGAGUCGGCCCUGAGCUUUUACUCCGAGCUGCCUCCUGCUGGUUGCUCCCGAGGUCAGACCAACCGCAUUUGGUGGCACCUCCCCGCGCCCCCCACCACGCCGGCCCAGCCAUCCCCACCAGGUGCCUGCCUCCUGCUCGUGGCCCCAUCCCAGCCCUGGCUGCCCAGCUCGGGCCUGAGACCUCCAGCCUCCGUCUGCCCGCCCGGCCUCCCACCCGCUUCCCCACCAGAGCUCCGUGAGGACCAGGCGCGCACCCGCCAGGUGCACGGGGUUCAAAGACGCAGCGCCUGGGCACAGACUGCUGGGUCCGUCCCUCACGGCGAGUUCCGGGGGGAGGGGGGGCAGGCACAGCCUGUGUGCCCCGCCCUGGACAACCGCUCCCCCUUCCCCCACACCCCCCCCUACCCCCCGGCUCUGGUUACCGUGGGCGCCUCCAUCUGCCACUUGCAGGUCGGGCCUCGUGCAUAA